CGACGACUUCAGCCCCAAUCCCAACCAAUCCAUCACUAAAUUAUUGUUGCUUCAGAUCUCUCCUUCUUCUCUAAGGGUAGUUAGGGUUUCAUUAUCUUCUCUACCUUACAUAUAUAAACAUUACCAUUACCAUUUCCCCUACAUACAGUUGCAGAGAUUUAUACCAGUGUGUCUAUGUGUCUGUGGGUCCAUCGAAUCAUUGAUGCGCAAAUUGGGUUAUGUGUAUCGUGAUUUGAUUUCAAUUCGAGUUUCUUAGUGCCUCUGUUCUUCUGGCAUUGUCGAUUUCUCAAUUCUGCAACGAAAAUGGUUGUUUCUGGACCUUUAACAGCUGGGCAGGUGUCCUUUUUGCUUGCAAUCAUUCCUAUUUUUGUGGCUUGGAUAUAUUCUGAAUGGUUGGAAUAUAAAAAAUCUUCAUCUGCAUCUAAAGUUCACUCGGACAACAAUUUGGUCGAAUUGGAAACCAAAACAAAGGAGGAAGAUGACCGUGCUGUUUUGCUGGAAGGAGGCCUCACAAAAGUGGCAUCAAUGAAGCAGCCUGCUACUUCCAUUAAAGCUAACUUAAUUAGAUUUGUGACAAUGGAGGAUUGUUUUUUGCUUGAGAAUCGAGCAACCCUGAGAGCAAUGUCAGAAUUUGGAGGAAUUUUGUUCUAUUUCUACAUAUCUGACCGCACCAGCUUGAUUUCAGAAUCUACCAAGAGCUACAAUCGCGAUCUUUUCCUGUUCCUGUACGUGCUCCUUAUCAUAGUUUCAGCAAUGACUUCCCUGAAGAAACAUACUGACAAGUCGGCAUUCUCUGGAAAAUCGAUACUUUACCUCAAUCGACAUCAAACAGAGGAGUGGAAAGGAUGGAUGCAGGUUCUCUUUUUGAUGUAUCAUUACUUUGCUGCUACGGAGAUAUAUAAUGCUAUUCGUGUGUUUAUUGCUGCAUAUGUCUGGAUGACUGGUUUUGGAAACUUCUCGUACUACUACAUCCGCAAGGAUUUCAGUAUUGCACGCUUCGCUCAGAUGAUGUGGAGGCUAAACUUCUUUGUGGCUUUUUGUUGUAUCGUUCUUGACAAUGAUUAUAUGCUCUACUACAUCUGUCCAAUGCACACGCUUUUUACUCUUAUGGUGUAUGGAGCACUUGCAAUUGGCAGCAAGUAUAAUGAAAUAAGAUCAGUGAUGAUUAUGAAGAUCCUUGCAUGCUUUCUUGUGGUUAUCUUGGUUUGGGAGAUUCCUGGAAUUUUUGAAUUCAUUUGGAGUCCAUUGGCGUUCUUAUUAGGGUACAGUGAUCCUGCCAAACCAGAUCUCCCUCGAUUGCAUGAGUGGCAUUUCAGAUCUGGGCUUGAUCGCUAUAUAUGGAUCAUUGGAAUGAUAUAUGCAUAUCUUCAUCCUAAUGUUGAAAAGUGGUUAGAAAAACUUGAAGAGUCUGAUAGUAAGCGGAGACAUUCCGUAAAAGCAACCAUCGUUUCAGUAUCUGUCCUGGCUGGAUAUAUGUGGUAUGAAUAUAUAUACAAGUUAGACAAGGUUACAUACAACAAAUAUCAUCCCUACACAUCAUGGAUACCUAUAACUGUGUAUAUAUGCUUGCGGAAUUUCACUCAACAUCUUAGGAAUUACUCAUUAACCCUCUUCGCGUGGCUCGGAAAGAUCACUUUGGAGACAUACAUUUCCCAGUUCCACAUCUGGCUAAGAUCAGAUAUCCCCAAUGGACAGCCAAAGUGGCUUCUCUCUUUUAUCCCAGACUAUCCUUUGCUGAAUUUCAUGCUUACAACUGCAGUUUAUGUUUUGAUAUCCUGCCGGCUCUUUGAACUAACAAACACACUAAAGUCAGUUUUUAUACCCACUAAAAACGACCGACAACUUCUUUGUAAUUUUCUUGCUGGAGCAGCAAUUUCUGCAUGUCUAUACUUGAUUGCUUCCAUUGUUGUUCAGAUUCCUCAAUGACCGGAAAUGGAUGCAUCAAAGAUUGUUAGAUCAUACUUGUUGUUGGACUUGGACAUACACGAAAUAUACAUAUAUACAUACAUACAUAGAUCGACCAGAAACAAAUUCACGUAUACAUCUUCAUUUCCAUUAGAAGGUAUCGUUUCCAACAAUUUACAGCAAAAUCCUUACCAUUCCUUGUCCCGUUCUGUCUAUAAUUUGUGAUGACACGAAGGCCAGUCGUCAUGGUUUUGUAAUAUGUUUUCAUCAUCAUCGUCAACCCAUCCAGACCCAACAUUCAAGUGAGAUAUACUGGUUUUGGUUUGCCAACCCAUCCAGAUGCUUCCAUGUGGUAUAUACAGAGUAUGUUUAGUUUGGUUGGUUCAUCAGCACAUUCAGACCUCACUUUCGAGUGAGAUAUUCUGUGUACGAAUUGAAACAUGUAAAUGUAUGUGAUUUAGGUUCAUGUUCACUUGAAGUUCAAAUUGAUGAGUCCUUUUUUUUCCUUCUUUUGUAGUUGUUUUCUUGUGUACGUACAACAUCAUGUUAUGUACUUGUUAAAAUGCAUAAACAAAAGGUUAAAUUUUGC